CAGUGUCUCUAGGAUAAGAGUAUGGCAUGAGUGUUGAUUGGCGCAUGUGCCCAAUGUAAAAGUUCUAGCUUUAAAGAUCCAAUAUUUUCAAUCAAAACCGUGUGAAUCUGCGUUAUAAUUAAUUAUUCGCAACUGUUUAUCAUCCAGAAAACAUGGGAAAGUUGAAUGUUAAGAUAUUGCGGUAUUUGACCCCAGAAGACUUUCGUGUUUUAACGUCGAUUGAAAUGGGUAUGAAAAAUCAUGAACUCGUACCUGCAUCACUCGCCGCGCAGAUAGCGAAUCUGCGUUACGGUGGGGUUCAUAAAUUGUUAAGAGAAUUGUGCAAGAACAGACUGCUUAGCUAUGAACGAGGAAAACGAUAUGACGGCUAUCGUUUGACAAAUGCCGGUUAUGAUUACUUAGCUCUAAAGGUUUUAGCACAGAGAGGAAUAAUUCACUCUUUCGGCAAUCAGAUCGGUGUCGGUAAAGAAUCUAACAUUUACGUCGUUGCGAAUGAGGAAGGGACCUCUCUUUGUUUAAAGUUGCACAGGCUAGGCAGAACGUGCUUCCGUAAUAUUAAAGGAAAGAGAGACUAUCAUCAGCACAGGCAGUCUGCAUCGUGGUUGUAUCUGUCGAGAAUAUCGGCAACCAGAGAGUUUGCGUACAUGAAAGCACUGUUCGACAGAGGUUUUCCCGUGCCAAAACCAAUCGACUUUAAUAGGCAUUGUGUUAUCAUGGAGCUGGUUGAAGGUGGACCGCUGUGUAAUGUAAACGAAGUAAACAAUGUGGAGGCAUUGUACGAUGAGCUCAUGGACUUGAUCGUCAGACUAGCAAAUCAUGGUGUUAUACACGGAGACUUUAAUGAAUUUAAUAUCAUGAUGAAAGAUGACGGCAAGCCUGUUAUCAUUGAUUUUCCACAAAUGAUUUCUACAGAGCACAUAAACGCAGAAGUGUAUUUUCAAAGGGACGUGAAUUGCGUCCGUGAUUUCUUUAAGAGACGUUUUGGAUAUGAAAGCGAAUUGUAUCCAACUUUUCAAGAUGUCUCACGUGAAGGUUGUAUAGACGCUGAAGUCAGAGCUAGUGGUUUAACAAGGCAGAUGGAAAAAGAUCUUUUAAAAGAGAUGGGUGUCGACGAAGAAGAAGAAGAAGAAGAAGAAAACAGUGACGAAGAAACGUAUGAGGAUUGCAGCGAGAAUAUCGAAGAUUUGGAAGAUCAAAUGAGUGAUCUGCAACUUCAAGUUGAAAACGCAGUGAGGGAAAGUUUCCAUGUUUCAGCGAGACAGACUGUUUUAAAUAAUGAAAAUGAAUAUUCUGAAAAAGUAUCGAUAGUAUUACAUUCCGAAAAAGAAAAUAAUACAGAAGACGAGUGCGAACGAAAUAAUAGAAAUGUAACCGUGGAAAAUGUUAAAACCGACGAAGAAAACAAUGAAGACAAGUUGUCCGAUGCAUCAUCAGAUGCGGGAAGCGAAGGAGCAUCCAUUAAUGAUUACGAUGACACACGAAGUAUACGAAGUGUCUCGACAGCCGCUACGAUUGCGCCAGACGUGAUAAAAAGAAGAACAAAAUUAGGACUUGAAAAACGCGACAAAAAGAACCGAUCGAAGAGGAUACUCGUCAAGGGAGAGGCAAGCGCAGUGACGAGGGUGCGUAGGGAUAAUAGAGCUACAAUUCAAGAAUCGACGGGUAUUUGGGGUUGGGAGUGAAGCAUGUACGUACUCGUCAUUUUUGUUAUAAAUUAUUUUUUCACGCGACUAACGCGAUGUACCUUUGUUGAUAAUUUCAUACAAAUAUAUUACCUACGGAUGCAAA